AUGUUUUGUCAGUCAGAUACUGACAGUUAUGCCGCUCUGCUUGAUGGCAGAUUACUUCGUUCUCAUGUUAGUGAUAGCUGCAUAUUACAUCUCACUAUUCAACCUGUCGUUUCAUGCAUGAUCUUCCUACUCAAUAUCAGCUCUCUCAGCUCUCGCUUACAGAAGCGUUGCAAAGCUUGGAUAAGCCGCCUACAAAAGCCCCCUGCAGCCAACACUUGGAGAAUGAGAACGACCAACAUAAGAUGUCCCUUCUGUUCCGGUGAGCGGGCGCCAAUGUUGACCGAAUUGAGUUAUUCUUGGGCGACAUGGGCUGGGUGUCCCCAUAUCACAUGGUUCAUGUGGUAG